GUAUCACCAUGCCUGGAUCGAGAAAAGAUUGAGCAGCCGAAGCUUUCACUUGCCAUUGUUCGCCUUUCCAAUUUGGCUAAUCACAUUGGCGAGCCAGUGGACAUCAUUGCAGUUGCCGAAAAAGUUAAUGACAUCAUGCAGGUAACAGCUCGCAGCAGCGGAGCACAACUUAACAAAAGAGAUAUCCAGUUGAUUGAUACUUCGGAGACGGAAAUUAUGUUAACACUUUGGGGCGACCAGACUCGGCUCUACGACAAAGAGAUAGAGGGGCAAACGAUUGAAACAACAAAACUGUACCGGUGGUACCGAGAAACGAGGCCGUCUGUUCAGCCACGUAACUUGACAACAUUUGGAGGUGGUGGCGACAACUACGCUCGAGAUCUUCGUGUCAUUGGCCUGUCGCAGCUGAGUCGCCUUGGACACAAUGCUGAGAAGGGAGCAUAUUUCAACGUUACAGCAAUGAUUUCGUCGAUGAAAGCCGAUGGCGCUCUUUAUAAGGCAAUAAUUUGCUUUUGUGUGCAUAGCUGUGGAACGAAUGGAUGUAAGAAGAAAGUGGUGGAAAUGGAUGAUCAGUAUCGAUGCGAAAAAUGCGAUGUGACUUUGGAUAAGUACAAAUAUGUGCUGCUGUUGUCGAUGGAAAUAUCGGAUUUCUCGGGUUCACAGUGGGUAACACUUUUCGAAGAUAAAGCCGUUAAAUUGCUUAAAAAAGACGCUGAAUCACUUGGACAAUUGCUGGAUAAUGACAUGCUGGACGAGUACAACGAAGUGUUCAGCGCAGUGCGUUUUCGCGUAUACACAUUCCGUAUUCGAGCAAAAUCCGAAUUUUAUAACGUGAGUUAA